ACAACGGUUUCUGGACGUCACCGACGCAAAGGUGGGGUAAAGUGGUUUCGUUCCUGAACAUGGCAUCGUUGGAUCGUGUGAAGGUGCUGGUGUUGGGGGAUUCAGGAGUUGGGAAAUCAUCUCUUGUCCAUUUGUUUUGCCACAACCAGGUACUGGGCAAUCCAUCGUGGACUAUUGGAUGCUCUGUAGAUGUGAGGGUUCAUGACUAUAAGGAAGGCACACCAGCUGAGAAAACCUACUACAUUGAAUUGUGGGAUAUUGGUGGAUCUGUGGGCAAUGCCAGUAGCAUUAAAAGCACUAGAGCUGUAUUUUAUAACUCCGUGAAUGGUAUAAUAUUAGUGCAUGACUGUACUAACAAAAAGUCAUCUCAGAAUCUGUAUCGGUGGUCUUUAGAAGCUUUGAAUAAGGAUUCCACUCCUACUGGAGUCAUAGUAGCAAAUGGGGACUAUGAUCGGGAGCAAUUUGCAGAUAAGCAGAUUCCUUUGUUAGUCAUUGGUACAAAGUUGGACCAAAUCCAUGAAACUAAAAGGAAUGAGGUGUUGACAAGGACUGCAUUCUUAGCAGAGGAUUUUAAUGCUGAGGAAAUUAAUCUGGAUUGUACCAAUCCACGUUACUUAGCUGCAGGAUCUUCCAAUGCUGUGAAACUGAGUCGAUUUUUUGAUAAAGUCAUAGAAAGAAGGUAUUUUUCACGGGAUAGUAAUCAGAUUCCUAGUUUUGCUGAUCGAAAACGUUUUGGAACAACAGGUGCAUUGAAGGUUCUUCAUUAUGAUUAAGCAUGAUUGCCAGUGGCUGUAAAUUUGUGGAAGCAAAUUAUUUUGAGGAAAGGAAAAGAGUAGUGCAUUACCUUUGCCUUUCAGUGUAAAAUAUUAAGUAAUCAGAGGGUAUUAAGAGAAUAUUUGAAAUAUUCAAGGAGCUAAAUUACUUUUUUAAUAUCAGCAUUAUUGGUUUCCUUUACAACAAAUGCAUAUUUCAAAUUCCAGUUUAGAAUACCUAAUACUUUAUGUCAAGGGAACUGUACAUCCUACUCCUCUUCUAAGCUUCUGUGCUGUUGACUUCAGUGAAGCUGAAUUUUGGGAAUCCAAAUACAGGAUAAAAUUCUUACCUGAUCUCUGAUCUGUAAAUUACAAUUCAUGUGGUAAUGAAUCCUUAAGAUGGCAACUUUUUAGUAUCUGAAUGAAGUGAUAUGUAGUAUAGAACUUGGUUUCAAAUGAGGUAAAUAGAAUCCAACUAGUUGAAUUAGUAGACAUGUAAAUUUGAAGAUGCAUGUAAAUUUAGAAUCUUGGCAACAAAUGUACAAAUCCUUUUCAUAUGGAAAUAAAAAGAAAAACCUGGUAAAAUGCACUAUUUCUGUAAAUGGUGAAAGAAAGCUGUUGGUGUUCAGAAGAAUCUGGGUUCUCAUGUGCAUGAAACACUAAAAAUUUAAUAUACAGGUACAGUAUAAAGGUGUACCUUUAAAUGAAAAUUUGAGGUGUACCACAAACAAAAAGGUGAACGUUACACCGAUCUUCAUUCAAAUGGAUUUCAGUACAUGAAUAGAGAUGUCUUGUUACAACUGCAUCUGGAAUGGAUUUUCUACUUGGAGAGGAUAUACAAGUAAUAAAGGAGUACAAUUACGUUUGCAAAAUUGGAUGGUAAGUUUAUUGCGUGAGGACAGAUGAAGCAUACUCAACCUGAACUCUUGCAUUCGGAGGAAUAAAAGGUGAACUCUUGAAGUGUGCCAAUUUCAUAUGGGCUGAACAUACUUGUUGUAGGGAUAAUGAUUCCCCUUUCAGCUUUAAUUCAGGAGUGACAACCUCAAAAUUCAAGGUCAGGAACUCAGGAUGAUAAAGCAAAAAUUCUUUAUCUUGUGUGCUGAUUUAAUGCCCAAUAGAUCUGUGAAGGCUCAAUAGCGAACUACAUCCUUAAGAGAUUGAAUGGCCUUAGAUAUUAGAAUAAUUAUUGUUAAUAUUAGAAAUUGGUUGUGUGGUAAAAGAGCAACUAAAAUCUUUAAAAUGGAGGAGCAAGCAUGAGUGUCUUGUGGCCUAAUCUUGCUUUUCUUAUGUAAAUAUACUUGCAUUUAACUUAGCAAGGUUUUUGUGUUUCUGCUAGAGCCUGAUGAUGUACUUAUGCAGAAAUAUGUACCUAAAGUCAUUCAGUCAUAUUGCCAAGGGACAUGUAACGCUCAGAAUAUAUGUUCAGCAGGUGUUUGUUAGCUGAGAAAAGGGAUAAACAUCUCUUAUGAGAACCAAAGGCAAUUUUGAGCAGUAAUAAUAUAAACCACUGAAUGCAAGGUUAAUUGAUGAAUUUAUAUAUGUAUAUACUGAUGUAAUGUUUUAACGUGUGUCUCAGGCAAUGGACAAACACUCUAUCAACUGUCUCUUUGGGCAGACUUCAAUCUCAACACUAAACCAAAGUAUUAUCUGAGAUAUUUGCUUUUUUAAUAAGCAGAGCUUUUUUAAAAUACACACCGAGUGCCAAUGCUGUGUAGUAUUUUGCAUGUUUGAAGGUAAAGUUAAUGCUGUGAAUCUCAGGAAUUUCUUUUACUCUUGAAUGUCUACUACUUACAAUUGUUUUACUCAAUGACCAGAUUUUCAGUCAUGCGUUAAGAUAAUCUGUUUGGACCGUGGGACUAAAGUAAUCAACACUGGAACUGCAAAACUAGCUGAUUUGUUUGCAAGGCAAAAGACGUUCCUGCAAUUCUAUUUUACUCUUCCUUUCAAGGUCACUUUCCUUUGGUAGCCACUACUCGUGUAACUUCUUUCAGUAUGCUCCUAUUGUAACAAGCAAAAGUUUGUAGUUCUAAAGAUUACAUGGAAUAAACUAGAAAUCACUUUUAAUGUUUCUAACU